UUCGGCUGCUCGUGGGCCGCACCGGCCCCCGGCUGCCGGCUGGUCGGGGCACGAGAGAACUCCUAGGAAAAGAUCGAGCCUUCGCUGAUCAUUCCAGUUAUCUGGUUUACCUCACCCUUCUCCGAACACUUGUAUGGGCAAAAGGGGAAGAGCAGGCAGUGGUAAAGCAGCGGGAGCUCGCAGUGUUUGCUGUGCUGAAGGCAGAGGCACUUGCUGCAUGAGCAAGCUGCGGCCUCGGUCAAACCCUGUUGCGUAUGUCGCUGUAACAAAGUUUGCUUCUCCAGCAGAGAAUCUAAUCUGAAUGUAUGAUGAGAGCCAAUUAGGGUGAGCAGGGUAUACAGAAUGGCCCAAACCGAGAAGAAAGGUGGGCUGCUCCGGAAAUCUUCGGCCUCCAAGAAGCCACUGAAAGAGAAAGUGGUGUUGAUGUAUGAUGAAAUUUUCACGACAGAGGACCCCAGUAAAUGCAACCCUAGGUUUUGGGAGGAGCUAUUUCUCAUGAAGGUCAACCUGGAGUAUCUAGAAGGCAAGCUGGAGGCUCUGGAUGGGGAAGAAUUAAUGAAGAUAAAAGAUAACAUCAACUGCUUGUUUCAGCACUGCAUCCAGGCCCUGGGUGAGGAGCACCCAAUCAGAGUGGUGAAUGCAUUACAGACUUUGUGUGCAUUAAUUCGGGGUGUCCAUCAGAAGAACAAAUCCACUUCUGGGUUUGACAUCAUCAACAUGCUUGUGGGUUUUGACAAGGCAGAGCUAUGUAUGAAGAAUCUGAUGGAGAGCUUGGACUCCCUUCUCUGUGCAGAAGGUUCUGAAAGCCUCAAGAGCUUGUGUCUGAAGCUACUUCUCUGCUUGGUGACAGUGACAGAUAACAUUAGCCAGAACACUAUCCUGGAGUAUGUGAUGAUUAACAGCAUAUUUGAAGCUAUUUUGCAGAUCCUGUCCAGCCCUCUUAGUCGCAGGGAACAUGGAUAUGAUGCUGUGGUCCUUCUGGCCUUGCUGGUCAACUACAGAAAGUAUGAGUCAGUGAAUCCCUACAUUGUGAAACUCUCCAUUGUGGAUGAUGAGGCCACGCUCAAUGGAAUGGGACUUGUAAUUGCCCAGGCUUUAUCGGAAUAUAACAGGCAAUACAAAGAUAAAGAAGAGGAACAUCAGACUGGUUUCUUCUCAGCCCUGACUAACAUGGUGGGCAGCAUGUUCAUAGCAGAUGCUGAUGAGAAGAUCUCUGUCCAAACAAAUGAAGCAAUCCUUCUUGCCCUCUAUGAAGCUGUUCACUUAAACAGGAAUUUCAUCACAGUUCUGGCACAAAGCCAUCCUGAAAUGGGCCUGAUGACAACACCAACGAGCCCAGUUCCAAUGACACCUGUCACUCCACUUGGAACCACCCCGCCUUCUUCAGAUGUUAUAAGCUCUGCAGAGCUGCCUUUGGAUGCUGAUGUGCAAACUAGCAACCUGUUGAUAACCUUCUUGAAGUACAGCUCAAUUGUGAUGCAGGACACAAAAGAUGAGCACCGGCUGCACAGUGGCAAGCUGUGCCUCAUUAUCCUGACAUGCAUAGCAGAGGAUCAAUAUGCUAAUGCUUUUCUUCAUGAUGACAACAUGAAUUUUCGUGUAAACCUACACAGAAUGAACAAAGAGCUCCUUGCCCUGUCAGUGAAUUCAGAGGCCUGUGUAGCUGAUUUGAUGGUGGAAUUCAUUGUAACACACAUGAUGAAAGAAUUUCCUAUGGAUCUCUAUGUACGGUGCAUUCAGAUUGUGCACAAGCUGCUGUGCUACCAGAAGAAAUGCAGAGUGAGGCUUCAUUACACUUGGAGGGAGCUCUGGUCAGCUUUGAUCAACUUGUUGAAGUUCCUCAUGUCUAAUGAGACUGUGUUGCUGGCCAAGCACAACAUCUUCACCCUUGCUCUUAUGGUUGUGAACCUGUUCAACAUGUUCAUCACUUAUGGAGACACAUUUCUGCCCACUCCCAGCAGCUAUGAUGAGCUGUAUUAUGAAAUCAUUCGGAUGCACCAGAAUUUUGACAACCUUUAUUCUAUGGUUUUAAGGCUGUCUACCAAUGCUGGUCAAUGGAAGGAGCCUGCAAGCAAGGUGACCCAUGCAUUAGUCAAUAUUAGAGCCAUCAUCAAUCACUUCAACCCGAAGAUAGAGUCUUAUGCUGCAGUGAAUCACAUAUCACAGCUCUCCGAGGAUCAGGUUUUGGAGGUGGUACGGUCCAACUAUGACACGCUGACCCUGAAGCUGCAGGACGGACUGGACCAGUACGAGCGCUACUCAGAGCAGCAUAAGGAGGCUGCCUUCUUCAAAGAGCUGGUUCGCUCCAUCAGCAUCAAUGUGAGGAAGAACCUUGCUUUCAACACGCUGAGCCAGGAGCUGCUGCUGAAGGAAUUCUCCACCAUCUCUUGAAGGGGGAUCGCUGCCGCUGCGCCGGCUGGGCAGAGACGGGCCCGUGUGGGCAGGGACACUCCAGCUCUGCGGCCGGUCGCCCCUUGCCUCCUGCCUUUGGAAGGGACUGUGUUUCUUUUAGGGGAACGCCUUGCUGCUGUGUGUUUGAUCCCAAAGGAAUGUGUUUAAACUUGGGCUGAGGAGAGGUGAUUGGCGUGUUAAGGAGGAAGCGAUUUUUUAUGGUGCCAUGGGAGUGGGCAGCCAUUCCUGUGACAUAGUAAUGGGAGAGUCCCUCCACAGCCUCAGGGAAAAUGCACUGGAAACCUUUGUAGCAGAGCUGGGGUGAGCUCACAACUGAAGUAAUAAAGCCAGCCCAGUUGUGUGAAACUGUUCUGGGUAGAGAUUGCUCACCUGCUCUAUGGGGAAAGCUGUCUGAUCCCAGGUGAGGGCUGUUCUUUUCUGUCAGCCUGGGUCAACCUGUCCACCUGUAAUGUAUGUCGAUUCCACGUUGGGAAUGACUUUGGAUUAUAAGAGUUUCCCCAAGGAGCAGGCCUUGCUCACUGCUGUCUCCUUAUAUCAGAAGGUGUCACUUCAAGCCAUUGGAUUACUGGAGAAGGGGGAACUUUGCCUCCAAGACUGUUGGCUUACAGGGUCCAGUGUGGUAUACAAGAAUUUGGGUCAUCAAACAAAGCACUUUGUUAUUGGAGACCAGCUCUGCUUAGGGUCACUGUUGCUUCCAGUAGCCUCAGCUCAUCCACCGUUUCUAAGGUAGAUGGACAUUUUUAGAUACUUGGUUUUCACUGGGGCAGAGGACAGGCUGACUCCUUCUCCCCACUCACCUUAUUGCCCAUCAGAGCAAUUUUGCCCAUUGCUUUGCGACAAUCCUCCUCUUCCUCACAGGAACAUCUGCCUUGCACAUGUUUGCAAGUGCCUGGUGACCUUCAUAAAUGAAGAAGUCUCCAGUUUUUCCCUUGUGUGUAGCACACAAUUAAAAUGCAUCUGGAGAAGUAGUGACUUCACUUUCUUGCCCUCCUGUCUUCACCAAGCAACUUACAGCCACUGUCUGCUGAGGGCUUCCUAAGGAAGAGCUCUGGGAUGAUGCUGUGGGGCACAGCCAGACCUUUCUGCUCCCAGAGCUGAUACUUCAGAGGUGCCCAGAUCUGGCAGAGCCUGUUCAGAGUGCUGUGUCAGGCUCCCAGCUCAGGAAUACACAGCAUAAACACCCGUUCCACCCCUGUUCCCUGCUCAUGCAAUUUCAGCUCCCAGCAGUGAUGUUGUGAUAUUAGGAUCUGGCCUGACUUGGUAGACUGAAGUAGAGAAGUUAUUUGCAUCCUAGAUCCACAGAUUUUUUCCCUCCCCCCUAGAAAACAGGUGUUUUUUUAAAAAAAUGCCUAGUCCUGCUCUUAGCCUUGUAGGUUAGUGUGAGUAAUGUGGGUGUCAUGCUCAUUUACUACCAUUUUUAGGCAAGGCUUCUUUCAUGCUAAUGUGUGUUAAUUGUGUUAAUGUUUCAUCUUACCUGCUAUGAGCAUGGGAAACUGAAAGCUGUGUCCUUGGCCACCCACUGGGCACAACACCCGAUGAAGUCCCUAUGUUUUCCUUGGGAGCACUGGCUUCUCUCAGCAGAUGAUACUAUUCCUCAGCAGGGAAUUGUCUGGCUUUUAACAGCUAAGCCAGACAUUUAUUUGCUUUCUGCGAUGCAAAUGUAUGGGAAUGUGUAUGUGUCAGAGGGUCAGUGCUUAGGAGAGCAAGCAGAUAAAAUCACGGCUUGAGAACAGGCUAGGGCACGUAGAACAGGCAGCUUCUCCAAUGGAAAAUGAGGAACAGUUGUUUGCAGUACAUGGUGCUUGUCUGGAGGGGAUAGAAAGGGAUCUCACUCUGAGAGGGGAGUUCCUUCUCAAGGGGACUUGAGGUGCAACCCCAGAACUGUGACUGUUGGAGCAUUGUGAGUCGUCCAGCUGUCCUCAUGCCUGUUCCUCAGCUGUUCUCUGAGCCCAUUUAGGCUGAGCCUAGACACAUACGUGAGGGAGUUUGGGAUGAGUCUGCUUCUGACUCGGCAACCUCUGGAAUUUUCAGCUUCUCACUCUGGGCUCAGCUAUCCUGUCUCCCUGAGGAUGCUCCCUUGCUGGGAUGAUCAUAGAAGCCCAGGUGUGUGUGAGAUCCAUUCCUGAGCCCAGCCCUCAUCCAAGUCUGAGCUGGGGAAGACUGUGAUUCUUGUCCUCUCGUCACACUGUCACUGAACCAAGCACUGUAAGUGGAUGUACAUACAAACCUAGAGCUCAAUAAAUAGCAGAGCCCCGCCU